AUGUCUCCAUCCGCAACUACCACUCCCGUAACUCAAACAUUCAAAGGCCAAAUGAAUGAUAAUGGACACUAUACUGUCACAAUGAUCCCUGGUGAUGGUAUUGGACCUGAGAUCUCUGCAUCCGUAAAACGCAUUUUUGCAGCUGCCAAUGUGCCUAUUGACUGGGAAGAAGUGGAUGUAACACCCACGCUCAAAGAUGGCAAGACCACUAUUCCUGAAGCUGCUGUCGAGAGCGUACGUAGAAGCACUGUGGCAUUGAAAGGACCACUUGCAACCCCCAUUGGCAAGGGCCACGUAUCAUUGAAUUUAACGCUUCGACGUACUUUCCACUUGUAUGCCAAUGUGCGUCCUUGUCGUUCGAUUGAAGGAUACAAAACUGCCUAUGACAAUGUCGACACCGUUCUUAUUCGUGAAAACACGGAAGGCGAAUACUCUGGUAUCGAGCAUGAGGUUGUUGAUGGUGUUGUUCAAUCUAUCAAAUUGAUCACCAAGGAUGCAUCAGAGCGUGUUGCACGAUAUGCAUUUAGCUAUGCUGAAUCUAUUGGUCGCAAUAAAGUGACAGCUGUCCACAAGGCAAACAUCAUGAAGAUGGCCGAUGGUCUUUUCUUGCAAGCAUGUCGACAAGUGGCCAAGGAUUUCCCGCAUAUUCAAUUUGAAGAGAUUCUAAUGGAUACGGCUUGUCUUCACAUUGUUUCCGACCCAACCCAAUUUGCUGACACUGUCAUGGUUAUGCCAAACUUGUAUGGUGAUAUUCUUUCCGAUUUAUGUGCUGGCCUUAUUGGUGGCCUUGGUCUUACUCCUUCAGGCAACAUUGGCGAGGAUGCAUCCAUCUUUGAAGCCGUUCAUGGCACAGCACCUGAUAUUGCAGGUCAAGAUAAGGCCAACCCAACUGCCUUAUUGUUGUCAGCUAUCAUGAUGUUGCGUCAUAUGCAUCUUGAAGAGCACGCACGCAACAUUGAGCAAGCCGUUCUAAAGACCAUCGCUGAAGGCAAGCACCUCACUGCUGAUCUUGGUGGCCGUGCUACCAAUACUGAGUAUACCGAUGCUGUGAUCAAGAAUUUGACAGCUUGA